GGUGACGAUAUCCCGUCUGAAUCAUGCAGAAUCUUUCCUCCAACGGGUCCGAUUCAUCCUUGAGUACCGACGAUUGUCUCUUACCAGUGGCUCACACAUUUGCUUUGAUUCCCAUCAAUAUCUUGUCAAGUAUCAUUGGAACCAUCGGUAACGCAUUGGUGAUAGCGACAGUUUACACGAACGCGAGUAUGCAGAUCAUAUCUAACUUUUGGUUAGCGAGCAUGGCCGUCGCCGAUUUAAUGGUCUCCUCCCUGGGCCAGCCUUUGCUAAUAGUGUUCUGGGGAUUGCAGCUGAGUGACGAUUGCAACGAGCCCGUGUCAGAGACGUUUCGUCUUAUUGGCAAUAUGUCGUGUUCGGCUUCGGUUCUUCACUUGUGUUUUAUCAGCAUUGAUCGUUGCAUUCUGAUUGUCCGACCCCUUGAUUGUAAAUCGAUUCGCACCAUGAAGAGGUUCAAGAUUGCCCUCGUCAUCGCCUGGACGGUGCCAGUCGUUUAUGGUGUUUUGCGUAUGACAGUGAGCAAGAAGGCGACAUCUUAUUUCACGGUCCUUGCCGCCGCUCUCUGUUACUUGAUCAUCAUUUCCUGCUACACCUUGAUCGUAAUAAAAGUUUGGAACCGUGACACGGAAACGCUGAAAGGUUCAGUACGCAGUCCCGGAAGACAGAGUGGGUCAAAGUUGGUUGAACGUCGCGUGACAGUCACGGUGGCCAUUGUUGUUGUAGUUUUCACUAUUUGCUGGAUUCCACUGAUGUACCUUCGUGCUGCAUACGCCAAGAGUAAUGUUGGUGUGGCAUACAACUGGGCAAGAACGCUGGCUUUGAGCAAUUCAGCGAUGAAUCCGUGGAUUUAUUGUUUUCGCAUGGGAGAAUUUCGUGCCGCGUACAAAAAAUUGCUGAGGUGUAGCAUGGGUCUUUUCAAGCGUGACACAAGCGACCAAUACGAUGUCAACAGCAGGGUUCAGUGAUUGAGUCACAACAUGGAAUGAUCGUAACGCAGGGCCUCUGCUAGAAGAGUUGUGUGACUGCCUAAAGAGAGUUCAAUAUGCACAAUUUAUAAAGUUAUGGACCUCAAAACUGCCUAAUUUGCCAAGUUUGGAAGACUGCAAUUUUAAAUGUGAAUGUAGAUUUUUCCGGCUCAGGCUGAAUAUUAUCCUUAUUUUUUUGCCGAUUUUAUGCUGAAACAGGAGCCAUAAUCGGGGA